AUGAUCGGGAGGGGACUCGUAUAUUUACUUAGUCUUAUCUAUUUGUUUAUAGGGGUCUCCAUUGUGUCCGAUCGUUUCAUGUCGGCCAUCGAAGUUAUAACGUCUAAAGAAAAAGAGGUGGCUAUUAAAAGGUCCGUGAGAAAUCUGGAAGCCUUUGGCGUUCCUUCCACGCAAGAAAUAACUAUUAUCACCGUGAGAAUAUGGAAUGAAACCGUAUCAAAUUUGACCCUCAUGGCUCUAGGCACUUCCGCCCCAGAGAUUUUACUAUCCAUAAUUGAAGUGAUUGGCAAAAAUUUUGAGGCUGGGGAACUCGGGCCUGGAACCAUAAUCGGCAGUGCUGCUUUUAACAUGUUUGUCAUAGUAGGAAUUUGUAUCUUAGUUGUUCCCUCUUCGCAACUUCGAAAGAUACACUACUUGAGGGUCUUCUUCAUAACAGCCAGUUGGAGUAUAUUCGCUUACAUAUGGCUCUAUCUAAUUCUAGCAGUGAUUAGUCCGGGAGUGGUAAGUGUCACGGAAGCCCUGAUAACUUUCUUUUUUUUCCCUUUGACCGUUCUGACGGCUUACAUGGUUGACGUGGAAUUGUACAAACGCUGGUAUAUGGUUCCUAAACGAUAUGAUGCUAAAUAUAAAAAAUCUGUGGUUUACAUUCCCGAUGAAGAGGCGCUUGAAAUGGAAAGUCUAGCCCCAGCAGAUAAGGGUAAACCCUCUGUCAUCAAUGGCGAAAGUCAAAUGUUAAUGCCCCCCAAAUAUGAUAUUGGGGGCAAACGUAAGAUAUCCGUGUACAUGGAUGGGACCUCUAAAAUUAUCCCCGUUUACGAAACAACUGACCGUUUAGGGCUGGGAACCGAAAAAAUUAAUCAGCGACCAUCUAUAUCCUAUUUAGCGUCUUCCAAGAGGAAAUCGACACUCCCCAAUUUCAGGGCUUUGUCAUUCCUCAAAAGGGUUUCUGAAGAUAUACCACUGUCUCCAGACAUUGCUUUGAUUGGUAAUUCCGUCUCAAAUUUAUUCGACGAAAAUGCUUAUAGGGAUUAUGUGGAAUUUGAAAAAACUAGGCAAGACUACAUGAAAGCCCUAAGCAGGGCUAGAAAAAUAAAUCCGGACGCCGAUUUACAAACUCUAGAACGAAUGGCAUCUUACAACUUCCUGAAUCGCAGCCCUAAGAGCAGAGCUUAUUAUAGGAUACAAGCCACUAGAAAAUUACUCAGUAAUCAGGAUAACGUUAUGAGUAAGUCGAAGUUCAACAAGCGGUCCAUCCAUUUGUUUAGCGAUAAGAAAGGUCCCGAUUUAAAGAUUAAACCACCUAUCGUUCAGGAAGACGGUGGGGCAGGAGAAGAUAGUGGAAAAGAUAAACUAUCAGAUCAAAAUGUAACUAGGGUUUAUUUUGAACCGGGCCAUUACACGGUCAUGGAAAAUGUGGGGGAGAGUCAAAUUCGAGUGGUCAGAUCAGGUGGAGAGCUUAAUUCCAUUAUUAAAGUGGAUUACAAUACCAGGGAUGGAACCGCUAAAACUGGAGAAGAUUACGAAUUCACUAAAGGCACAUUGAUUUUUGAAAAAGGAAUGGUAGAGGCAAUCUUUUCUGUACCCAUUAUCAACGAUGAAAUUUAUGAAGAAGAUAAAUAUUUUUACGUUGAUUUAAAACAUUUGAGGCAAAAAACUUACGCCAUCAUAGACUCGCCUUCUUCGAAUCCCUCGUUGACGAUUUCGCCUACGAUUUUAAAGCUGGAUAAUCCUAGAACGGCGACUGUGAUGAUAUUAGACGAUAAUCACGGAGGAGUGUUCAGCAUAGAGAAUGAUUUGUAUAAAGUUAACGAAGAUUGCGGGGCCCUAAGUGUGAGAGUGGUCAGAAAAAUUGGUUCGCGUGGCAAAGUCUACUUGCCUUAUAGAACCGUAGAUGGAACAGCAAAAGGGGAAGCGGGUGCUUCGACUUCGGAGGAAGAAGGAAGAGAAGAGCCUUUUAAUGAUAACAAAUCUCAACAAAAUCUUUCGCAGCCACUGCUACCAUCAAUACAGAUAACUGAGGUCUUAGAAGACGGUGAUAAAAUAUCGCGAAUCUCCCAAAAUUCGACUAAAAAUGGCAACAUUAUAGUAGAAGAGGAGGAACAUGGCUCUGGAGAUCCUAAAGAUUUUGAAAGGACUAAAGGUUAUCUCUUCUUCGAAGACGACCAAAACGAACCUGGUAUAUCCGUAGCCAGGGGGAUGGAAGCAUUCGGUUGGAUGCACCCAUAUCCUUCCGCCAACUUAUUCUCCAAAAAUCCGGAUUAUACUAACGGUAUCCUGAUGAUAUUCGAUAUUGAUUAUUAUCGGAGUUACAUAUUCAUUCGUAUAAACGACACCGAACAAUACGAAAAAAGUGUAUCCUUUGAAUUAAAGCUGGGACAACCAAUAUGGGCAAAAAGGGAUUUAGAUGAAAACGCAAUUAAUGAUCCAAAUAGUAUCAUAUCUAAAAGUCCCACACCUUCUAUGUUUAACGAUAAAGCUGACUCUUCCCAGCCAGGAUCCCCCGUUCUUGGAGAUCCAUCCUCGUGUAUUAUAAACAUCACCGAAAGCAAGGAUUUUAAAGUGAUGGAUAAUUUAAAUCACGAUUAUGCAAAAAUUAUAGAUUUAUUAGCACCCAGACUCUCAGUUGAUAGACUUUUGAAGAAUAUCAACAUCUCAUUUAUGGUUGGAACAUCGACUUGGAAAGAUCAAUUUCUAGAGGCUAUCACUAUUAGCAAACCCGAAGUAACAGAAAAUGGGGAGGAAAAAGAAGGUACAGGAAAGAGAACGGCUCCCUCUUACUGGGAUUAUUGUUUGCAUUACAUUACCCUGUUUUGGAAAGUUUUAUUUGCUUUCGUACCUCCUACUGAUUUUUGGGGUGGCUGGUUGUGUUUUAUAUUCGCCAUCAUAUGGAUAGGCAUAUUGACGGCGGUAAUUGGCGAUAUAGCUUCAGCAUUUGGAUGCACCAUAGGACUCAAAGAUACUGUUACGGCUAUAUCGUUCGUCGCUUUAGGCACUAGUGUACCGGAUACUUUCGCUAGCAAGUUAGCUGCCCUGCAAGAUGAAUACGCUGACGCCAGUAUUGGAAAUGUAACAGGGAGCAAUGCUGUUAACGUUUUCUUAGGAAUAGGAUUAGCAUGGGCCUUGGCCGCUAUAUACCAUUCUGCCAAAGGAACACUUUUUAUGGUAGAUCCCGGUUCUUUGGCCUUUUCCGUCACUAUAUAUUGUGUGUUAGCAGUGGUAGCUAUCGCAGUCUUAAUGGUCAAGCGUUCUAUAACGAAAGGUGAACUUGGUGGCCCUAUGAUGUGUAAAGUUAUUACGGGUUGCAUUUUCUUCACGUUCUGGCUGAUUUAUCUUGUUUUGGCCAGUUUAGAGAGUUAUUGCCACAUAAAAGGAUUUUGA